UUCCCUUCUCUCCCGGCUAUAGCAGGGUCCAAGCUGCCUGCGAGGGACGGGGCGAGAUUGGCUGCGGACUGUACAGAUCAGCCAAAGAACGAAGUAGUCUCUCUCUCUCUCUCUCUCUCUCUCUCUCUCUCUCUCUCUCUCUCACACACACACACACACACACACACACACACACACUCAAAACUCGGACCUGCCGCACCACGGCCGCUCCAAUCCCUGGAAAAGGCAAUCGAGCGCCCUCCGGACCGCUGCGCGCACCCGGGCUCCGGCAGUGCGCCCGAAGCUGGUGCUUUCCCCAGCGCCGCCGCUUAGGCUGGCUGUUCUGGAAGAUAAAGAGGGGAGGGAGGAUAGAGACAGAUCCUGAAAACACCCCGGCCACACACGCCGCGACUGAAGCUCUUUCUCGGCGUACCAGUGAGGACGGCUCCAGCAGCGCCCUGCCCCGGGGAGGUCCGCGCGGCUGCCCGGGAAGAGCCCACCUGCCGGUCCGAAAUCGGCCAGGGCAAAAAGUGCGACUUGCCGGUGUCCUGCUUAAGCAGUGCCUGGAGCCCCCGGCGCCCUCGCCCCAGCUAAUUGGAAGUUCAACCCUCGGCUCUGUCGCGGGCCCCUCGCGCCCUCGGCGUGUCCCCCCGCCACGCGGGGAGCGGACGCGCGGCGCCGGGACGUCGCUAUGGCUGGGGCGCUCCGGCUGCUGUGCCUGUGGCUAAGCUGCUUCUGCGUGAGCCUGGCGCGGGGAGAGGGACUGACGCGCAAUGUCCCGGAGCCGCACAGGGCUGUGCCAGGAGACCGCACGGCAGGUGGUGGCCCCGGCCCCGUGCUGCAGCCACACGACAAGGUGUCGGAGCACAUGCUGCGGCUCUAUGACAGGUACAGCGGCGGCGGCAGGGGCGAGGCGGAACGGGAGCAGCGGUCCUCCGAGCGGGGCUCUCAGCCCCUGCGGCCCCCACCCCUGCGCGAAGGCAACACAGUUCGCAGCUUUCGAGCCGGAGCAUCAGGAACCCUUGGAAGCAAAGGACUACACAUCUUUAAUCUGACUUCUCUAACCAAGUCUGAAAACAUUUUAUCUGCCACACUGUAUUUCUAUAUUGGAGAGCUAAUAAACAUCAGCCUGAGUUGUCCAGCAUCCCGAGGAUGCUCACCUCAUGCUCAGAGGAAACACGUUCUGAUUGAUCUCUCUGCGUGGAUCCUCAAAUCUGACAGAAACCAAAGUCAACACCUCGGUCACCUUUCAGUAGACGUAACCAAAUCUCAUCGAGACCUUGGGUCCUGGCUGUCUAAAGACAUCACUCAGCUCUUGAGAAGGGCCAAGGAAAAUGAAGAGUUCCUCAUAGGAUUUAACAUUACCUCCAAAGGACACCAGCUGCCAAAGAAGAUGUUGCCCUUCCCCGAGCCUUAUAUCUUGGUGUAUGCCAACGAUGCUGCCAUUUCUGAGCCGGAGAGUGUGGUAUCAAGCUUGCAGAGGCACCGGAAUUUCCCCAUUGGAGCUGUGCCUAAACCGGACGGCCAUAUCAAGGCUGCCCUUUCUACCGAACGGAGAAGGAAGCGCUCGGCUGGGGUCCUGCUGCCUCUGCAGAACAACGAGCUUCCUGGGGCAGAAUAUCAGUAUAGGGAGGAUGGGGUAUGGGAGGAGAGAAAGCCUUACAAGACCCUUCAGACUCAGGCCCCAGAGAAGACUAAAAACAAAAAGAAACAGAGAAAGGGACCCCCCCAGAAGAGCCAGACUCUCCAGUUUGAUGAGCAGACCCUGAAGAAGGCCAGAAGAAAGCAAUGGAUUGAACCGCGCAAUUGUGCCAGGCGGUACCUUAAAGUGGACUUUGCGGAUAUUGGCUGGAGUGAAUGGAUCAUCUCCCCCAAAUCCUUCGAUGCCUAUUACUGCUCCGGAGCAUGCCAGUUCCCCAUGCCAAAGUCUUUGAAGCCAUCAAACCAUGCUACCAUCCAGAGUAUAGUGAGAGCUGUGGGCGUCGUUCCUGGAAUCCCUGAGCCUUGCUGUGUGCCAGAAAAGAUGUCCUCACUCAGUAUCUUAUUCUUUGAUGAGAAUAAGAACGUGGUACUUAAAGUGUAUCCUAAUAUGACAGUAGAGUCUUGUGCUUGCAGAUAACCUGGCAAAGAACUCAUCUGGGUGCUUAAUUCAAUCAUUACUUUAUUUAAUGGACUCUCCCCCGCCCCUUGUUUUGCACUGCCAAUGCAUUUCAUCCCAAAAGAUUUUUUAUAGUCAAAGAGAAUGAGCAGACAGACUGACGAUUUCCAUCAAGGAGAACUGGACUGUGUUUGUCUCUGAAUGUAACUAAAUGCAAGAUUUUCGUAACUAUGGACAUUUAUUUCUUUUUUUAAAAAAUUCACAAAGGAAAAAUGAUCACUCAAACUCUUUUUCAGAGCUAUUAGAGGACACACUGAUUUAUUUUUGUAAGGAGCUUUGAAAAUAGGUUGGAAAAACACCAAUAGCUUAUCACUUAUCUCUACUCAUAGAGAAUAGAAAUUUUUCAUAUUUUGAAGUAGAUUUAUUGCCAUAGAUUCCUGAGUGACUCAGCAAGUGCUAAAUAACCCAACCAACUUUUAUGUUUAUCUUCAAAUCUGUUAAGACUCUUGUUUACCUGUGUUUUUCCUCCAUGUGUAAUUGUAUGAAUAGGUGAGUGGAGAGUGUGGGCUGAGUGUUAAGAGUAUAUGUAUGUGUGUACAUUGCCAGGUGCCUGUCCCCUCUCUAGGAAGGUUUGCUUAACAUGGUUUUAUAGUUCAAUCUACACAGGAUUCUUUGUGUUUUCCAUUUCAUGUUCUGGCAAGCACCAUUCAAUUAUAAGAACUUUACCAAAAAGGACAGAGUGAUCCAAGAGCAUAUGCAGAGAGUUACCACUUGGCCCAGCCAUUUAAUUUGAAUUACAGUUGUUUUCAUUUCAUUGCCUCCUAGAAAAGGGAACCUGCAGACCACUUUUCAAAAACCCACAUGUACUUCCUCUUCUUUUUCACGAAUACCUUCAUUUGUUCUUUUAAAUUGAAUUCAAAAAUUCAAUUAAAUUUUUUAAAUUAAAGAAAAAUUUCGGUUCUCUUGAUAUGCUUUUACUUCUUAUGAAGCAAUCCAUAAAUGCCUGAGGCUCAAAAACGGAUGGAAUAUUGGAGGUUUCUUGAAAUGACCAGAUUAAUCACCAUCACAUGUUGAAUAUCAUUCUUCAGCCACGUCCAGGUCCAGGCACCUUUUCACAUGGAUCAAGGUUCAGCCAUGAAAUCUACUUUAGCAAAGCUCACUAAAAAUUUUUCACCAAAAAAAGGAAGUCAAAUAUAGACACUGUGUUUUUUUUCCCCACUUCCAUUUGUCACAACUAUCCUCUUACACCUUGCCCUAGAAAACAUGUUUCAAAAAUCUCUCUCUCUCCGAAUCCGCAUGUGUGACAACGAUGUUUUCAGACCAUGGGUGGUUGUUGAUGUCCUAUCUGUGGCCAACCCUCCUCUUGGUUGAGUCUCCGCUGAUGAGAGACAACUAAGCCAUUUCAGAGGCUGUGAAGUAUCAGAAGGCGUGGGGUUUUGUUCUGUCUCUACCUGUAGCUACCUAUCGUGGUUCAUCAUGUAAUAUUUACUGAGCAUUUAUUUUGUAAAAGGCACUGUGCUAACUGUGUGUCUUAGCAUCUUCACUGGUAAAAUGAAGAGGUUGACUAGUUGAGCCAGAAGAACUUUCUGACCCUAAAAGUUUGGGUUUUAGAAUAUGAGCUACUUUGUACACAUCUUCCUUAAAUGGAUGAUACCAAUAGAUCUAAAAAUACUACAAAUAUCUCUGUUCAUAAACCAAAGGCAAGAACAUUCUAGUCUUCAGCCUUUGGGGGUGAGUAUGGAAUUCCCUGUGGUUUAAGUCAUAUUUCUAAAUUUCUAACUUAUUUUUGGAGAUCCAUUUGAAGAUGAUUACCAUGAAAGAAGCGCUUUGACACUUCUGGAGGACACAGAAGUUGGUGUGAGUAUAUAUGAACUCGAUGAAUGAGACACACUAGUUAGAACUAAUAAAUUAAGUUCUGGUGCCUGAGUUACUAUGGUUUCUUAGAGUUAAUUUUUUUAUUCUGGUAGCAUUAUUUUAAAUAUUCAAACUGAGAUAGGCAAGGGACUUACUCUUAAUAAACUUUAUCAAAAAUUUGAGCGGUGCCUGGGUGGCUCAGUUGGCUAAGUGUCCGACAUUGACUCAGGUCAUGAUCUCAUGGUUCGUGAGUUCGAGUCCCACGUCAGGCGCUGUGCUGACAGCUCAGAGCCUGGAGCCUGCUUCAGAUUUUGUGUCUCCCUCUCUGCCCUCCCUCUCCCACCCAUCUCUCUCUCUCUGUCUCUCUUCUUCUCUCUUUCUCUCAAAAAUAAACAUUUAAAAACAAACAAACAAACAAACUUUAUCAAAAAUUUGAAAGCAAAACUAUGUAAUAGAAGUGAGCCAGUGUGUGGCCAUCAUAUCCUAGUCAUACAAUCUUUCAAUAAAGAAACCUCUUUUUUAUUCGUAGAUAUGAGGAAAUUCUUAAUUUAGCUUUUUUCUCUAGAGAUAUAUCAACCAACAUCUCUAGCCAUUCCCAGCAUUACUUUUCAGUCUUCUAUCUAGAUAUCUGUUUGUUACCUUUCUUAAUUUUAACUGAUGCCUACUUACUACAGAUUAAAUCCUACAAUGGCCAGGAAAAUCUCUCAAUAAUAAAACUUUCUGAGUAAUAACUAAGAUUCUAUUUUAAUUAGCAACUUAUAUAACAAAAUUGCAACAUAAUGAAUCAUCUUGGGAGUCUCUUAGCAAUCAAAAUAUUUUUUGACCAGUCAUUAUGGCUGUGUGGCCUCAUAACCAUCAUUUCACUACCACGCUGAGGACAUAAACAGGGAAAGUUUUAUUCCCCAAAAAUAAAGGAAGAUUUCUUUUCAGUCGAGGGGGUUGAAAUAAAUGAAAUGAUAUUUUAACUAAUAAAAAUUUACUUGAAAUAGUUGGAAAAUUAAGCGACUAUUUCACAAUUUCUUAGGUACUGGUAUAUGCAUAAUUUUUACAUAGACUUUUUAUAAAUCUCCUGAUAUAAAAAUGGCAAUGGUGUAAGAAAAGAAAUUAUGUUUAGAAAUGCCAUUUCCUAAAUCAUGCAUCUUUGCCUAUCUCUCUCUCUUCUCUCCUGUUCCCCGCUUCUCUUUCCAAACUGACAUUCCACCCCCACUCCUAGAUGUGACACACACACACAUACACACACACACACACACAGUCACUUAAAAACGAAUUUUUUUUUCAAUAACUGUUCUCUUGAACUCAAAUUCAGGGGCUGCUGAUGUCAAUAUAGUAUUUUCAAAGUAUCUUAUUGUAAGCUGUGUAGAUAAUGUAUACAAUUUACAGGAUUUGGGGUUGUGGAAUUUAAACUUGAAGGUUGGACUCCCCAGAUCUCAGGACUGUAAUACUCCAGAUACAUUUUUACAUUCACCUAGCUAUAUAUUAACUGAUGAUCAUUUAUUCACUUAACAUAGAUGUUUUUAUCUUAUUUCUGAAAAAAAACCCUCUUGUCGCCUGUUUAAUAUUUUUAUAGACAAUUCUAUGUGUAUAAUACAAUUAUCAGUCUUCCAUAAUUUCGUUCUAUAAUUACAUUAUUCAGUUUAGUCUUUCUCCUUUCACUUUUCUCUGCGCUAACAAAUAACUAGUAUCUGGAUAUUGACUUCUUGUUGACUCAAGGUUGGUUUAAAGAAUAGCUAUGCACGCCUGAUGUAUAAGAUUAGGUCUAAAAUUAAAUAAGAAAUGUGGGAUAAAUCUGACUGCUCUGUAUAGCUUUUUUUCCCCUGGAGAAUUGUAUUUUAAUGUAGUAUAUAGGCAAUUAAAUGACCACCCCUUUUCUAAAAACCAAGCCUUCUUUUCAGCUUUUCACACUAGUUUCUGUAAAUGUCUUAGUCCAGAAUUUAAUGCUUGUACAGUUAAUGGCGAUUUAAAAUAUAUAUUAUAUAUAUAUAUAUAUGGAAAACUUUAAAGAUGCUUUUAAUUUAUUUAAUGACUGUUGUCUUUCUAUAAUGGUAAUUUUCAUCCUUAAAUGGUGAGAAAAAUUCUUUUUACUAUAGUUAUUACAUGCAAAAUGAAAUUUGGUUCUUUAGUCAAAUCCACUAAAGGGGCACAUUGCAGUGAAACUGUGCAGAGCACUUCACUACUGAUGUAUAAGCUUUGCUGACUUUGUAUCAUUUUCUUCCAGUAAUGGAGAGCUUUUCAUUAUACAGUAUGAAAAUAAAAAUUACUUAAUUGAAUGUUUCCCCAUUCUUUUCUACUAUAAUUGGAAAAGACUGCAUUUGUAAAACUUUUUCAACUGUGCUGCAUUUGAAAAGAGGUUAUAAAGGUUGGGCACAGAGUUAAAUAUUUACAAAUGGUGCCAUGAAUGGAGCGUCAUAACCCAUGGUCAACAAAGCAUGAUUACAUUGUGGAACAAUACAGAAACAUACCCGGGAGGUGAAAACAUGUCUUCCAAACUGGAGUAACUCAAUUUGAAUUCUUUUGUGUUUGGUUUUAUAUUUCUUCUUUAACCACAAAGUCCCCAUUUCUUCAUUGGAGAUAUUUUUCCUGAGUGCCUGAUCCCCUGGUAUUUCAUCAUUUAUUAUCACCAUGUUCUAGGUACACUUUGGGAUGAUAAGUAUUUAAAUUAAUUAAUCUGAUCAUCAAACUAUAUUGCAUUAUUUUUGUGUACGUACUAGCUUUGUCU